CGCAUUCCUCAGGUAGCUGCGCGCGCGCGCGUGCGUGCGUGGGAGAAAGAGUUGAGGAGGUUGCACUCUGGCCUUGAGGCAGUAACAUUGCGCAAUCCCUCCUCCUCCUCCUCGAGUCACCGCGACCUCCCAGAGAAGGAGCGCAACGCAACGCGGUCCGACAUAUCAGCCCAGAUCAGCCCAGAUGCAGGUUCGAAGAGACUCCGGCGGCAUGGAGCUGGGGGAGGGAAGCCUGAACCCGGGCUUCCGGGACGCGGACGGCGGCGGCGGCGGCGGCUCAGUGGCGGAGGACCCCGGGGACGGGAGGCGCGACGCGGAGUACGCGCAGGUCAAGCCGUACGCCGGGAUGCCCAAGGAGGUGCUGCUGCUGCACUCCUCCAAGGCCCGGUACCGGGUGCCCCGGGAGAUCCUCUUCUGGCUGAUGGUGACGUGCACCCUGGCGCUGGUGGCGCUCACCGUCACGGUGAUCGCGCUGUCCCCGCGGUGCAUGAACUGGUGGCAGGUGUCCCCGGUGUACCAGGUGUACCUCCGGUCCUUUAAGGACUCCGACGGAGAUGGGGUCGGAGACCUCAAAGGAAUUCAGGAGCAGCUGAAUCACUUCCAGUACCUGAACAUCGAGUCAGUGUGGGUCAGCCCCUUCUACCGCUCUCCCAUGAGGGACUCCGGCUACGACGUGGAAGAUUUCCGGGCCGUCGACCCGCUCUUUGGAACCAUGCAGGACUUUGAAAAGCUUCUGGCUGAAAUGCACAACAAAGGUUUGAAGCUGAUCGUGGAUUUCAUUCCCAACCACACCAGCGACCGCCACCGCUGGUUCAACUUGAGCCGGACGGGAGAUCCUCGCUACAAGGAUUACUACGUCUGGGCCGACUGCAAUGGAUCCGAGCCCAGGCCCAAUAAUUGGGUGAGCGUGUUUGGGAAUUCGGCGUGGACCUACGACGGCGUUAGAGGACAAUGCUACCUGCACCAGUUCCUCAAAGAGCAACCGGACCUGAACUUGAGGAACCCACAUGUCCGCAAAGAGAUGACUGAUAUCAUUCAUUUCUGGCUGGAGAAGGGCGUGGACGGGUUCCGGAUGGGUGCAGUGAAUCGCCUGCUGGAGGCCGCACACUUGAGGGACGAACCGCAGGUGGACCCAAAGAAAGCACCGGAAUCUGUGACCUCGGUGUGGGACCUCCACCAUGACUACACCACCAGUCAGCUGGGCCUCCAUGACCUGCUGAGGGACUGGAGGGAUGAGAUGGAGGCCUACAGUCGGGAGCCAGGCAGAUACAGGUUCAUGGUGACCGAGUCUUAUGAUUACCACGAGGUGGACAAGACCAUGAUGUACUACGGCACCUCGCUGGUUAAAGAAAGUGACUUCCCCUUCAACUUCUACCUGCUGGACCUGCCUCGCAACACCAGUGGCUUGUGGGUCAAACACCUGGUGCAGCUGUGGAUGGCCAACAUGCCCAAGGGACAAUGGCCCAACUGGCUGGUUGGCAACCACGACCAGCCUCGAAUUGCCUCCAGUGCCGGACAGACCUACAUCCGCGCCAUCAACCUGCUGCUGCUGACCCUCCCCGGCACGCCCACCACCUACUAUGGUGAGGAGAUCGGCAUGGAGAACAACGACAACGACAACAACGGCACAGACGGGCCCACGUGGGACCCAGCUGGCAAAUACAACGCGAGUGCCAGUCAGGACCCUCAGCGCUCUCCCAUGCAGUGGAGCGGUGACGUGAACGCGGGCUUCAACAACAAAACCAACGCCACCUGGUUGCCUCUCCACCCGCAUUACAGGAGCAUCAAUGUGAAGGCCCAGAAGGAAGACCGGGGCUCGGUUCUGGCCCAGUACCGUCUCCUGAGCGCGCUGCGCCAGUCGGAGCUGCCCUUUCUCCGCGGCUGGUUCUGCUUCGUGCACGCCGACGCCAGCGUCUUCUCCUACCUCAGAGAGCUGGACGGGCACGACAGAGCGUUCCUCAUGGUGCUGAACUUUGGGGCACGGGCGGCCGUCACGGACCUCUCCUCCGUGCCGGAGUUGCCGGAGCGGCUGACGGUGCGGAUGAGCACGAACCGAACCAACGACGGCAAGGCGCUGCAGAAGUCUGGGAUCCCGACGGAGGCGGGAGAGAGCCUGGUGAUCCAGUACACCACCAACACUCGGUACAACCCCAGCCACCCAGAGCAGUGCUACGUCUCUGAGAAGGCCUGCUAUCUGAGCGCCAUCGAUUUACUGUAUAAAUGCUGA